AUGGGGGCUGGUGCAGGCUUCCACAGUGAUGAGAUCCCCGAAGUCCUCUCUGCUGAUAAAAUGGGAACUGAAGAACAAGAUGAUGACGACUGCACGGACUCCUUCACGCCCAAUCAAGUUGCCAGAAUGCACUGUUACCUGGACCUGGUCUACCAGAGCUGGCAGCCCUCCAGGAAGCCGGCUCCUGUCGCCCUGGCCCCCCAGAUCAUGGGCCACACGACUGACUCGGUGACGCUGGAGUGGUUUCCGCCCAUUGAUGGCCACUUCUUUGAAAGGGAUCUCAGUCUUGGCAGUGUGUACCAGUAUUGGGUCAUCACCAUUUCGGGAAGCGAAGAGAGUGAGCCAUCACCUGCUGCCAUAUACAUCCAUGGAAGCGGGUACUGUGGUGAUGGCAUUAUCCAGAAAAGCCGAGGUGAAGAAUGUGAUGACAUGAAUAAGCUCAGUGGUGAUGGCUGCUCCCUCUUUUGCCGACAGGAAGACUCCUUCAAUUGUAUUGAUGAACCCAGCCGGUGCUAUUUCCAUGAUGGUGAUGGCGUAUGUGAGGAGUUUGAACAAAAAACUAGCAUCAAGGACUGUGGGGUCUACACGCCCCAGGGGUUCCUGGAUCAGUGGGCAUCCAAUGCUUCAGUAUCGCAUCAGGACCAGCAGUGCCCAGGCUGGGUCAUCAUUGGCCAGCCAGCAGCCUCCCAGAGGGUAGUUGAGCUUGAUGAUCUCCAAGGACCUCCCCACUCUAAAAAGCUGUGA